AUGGCUCGACAGAAACAGGCGGCUCCGCUCCGAAGGGAGCCUUCCGAUUUCGAGAGGUUGAACUCGCAGGAGCUCAAUGGCAGCGCAAAAGUGAGCAGUGGAGCUCUCAGAGCUCCUGCUCUGUCUACAGCUCUAUCCCAGCCAGGUCUCACACAGUUAUUGAUUUGUGUGGCUGGCAUCUACGCCUCCUUCCUCACUUGGGCCCUCCUACAAGAGCGCAUCACCACGACGUCGUACGGCUCCGUUGCUUCACCCGAGCGAUUCACAUAUGCCGUCUUCUUGAACACCAUCCAAUCAUCCUUUGCCGUGGUAGCAGGCUACGCCUACCUCCUGACGACUACCGCUAAAGACAACGCGACUACCUCCAUAUUUCCCUCGAAAUCUAUCUUCGUUCCUCUGGUACUAGUCGCAGUUACUUCCUCACUAGCAUCUCCGUUUGGCUACGCCUCACUCUCACAUGUCGACUAUAUAACGUUCAUACUUGCCAAGUCAUGCAAGCUGUUGCCCGUUAUGUUCCUCCAUCUCACAGUAUUUCGCAAAUCUUAUCCGUUGUAUAAAUAUCUGGUCGUAGCGCUUGUCACCGCGGGAGUUGCAGUUUUCACCCUCUAUCAUCCGUCUUCAGCUAAGAAAGCAUCAUCCACAAGAUCCGGCAACUCAGUGUGGGGCUUGCUCCUGUUGGGCAUCAAUCUCCUUUUCGAUGGCUUGACAAACUCAACACAAGAUCACAUCUUUAGCACAAACCGACAUUACACUGGCCCGCAAAUGAUGGUAGCGCAAAAUCUUUUGUCCACAGCCUUGACCACCUUUUAUCUGUUGGUAUCUCCCCUUCUCCCAGCCACGCUCUUUUUUGAACCUGCGGCCACUACAAACACCAAUGAGUUGGCUGCAGCUUUGGAUUUCAUCGCACGGCAUCCCUCUGUGUUUAUCGACAUCCUCUCAUUCGCAGCUUGUGGCGCUGUCGGCCAAAUCUUUAUCUACUACACUCUGAGUAAAUUCAGCUCGCUCCUACUCGUGACGGUGACAGUCACGAGGAAGAUGUUGACUAUGAUUCUCAGCGUACUGUGGUUUGGUCACAGAUUGACCGAGAUGCAAUGGGUAGGAGUUGCCUUAGUCUUUGGUGGAGUUGGCGCCGAAGGCUGGAUUCAAAGGAGAGAAAAAAUCGCGAAAGAGAAAAGAAAAGCGAACAAAGCAUCAUAG